CCAUCUAAUUCUUUUAGGGCAUUUAGGAUAAAUUUCAAAGACAAUUAUCGCACGGAAGGUUUCUUUGGACUUAAAAAGUGAACUUUGCGGACUAAACCCAAUAAUAGACGAAAUCAAUUUGAUGAGGAGAAAUGAUCUGAAUGAAAAAAAUUGCUUGUUUAUUUAAAAAGUGUAUGAGAAGUUGAAAUUAUUAGAAAUACAAUAAUUAAAAUCAAAAUAUAAUAUUUUAGUCGAAAAGGCAGAGAGGCUAUUCGGAGUGGUUGAUUAAUAAGGAAUUUUAAAUGAGGGAGGUAAUUAAUUAUAUUAAAUUGACGAUUAGAAGUGAUAUGUGUAAGAAGGUCAAAUGAUCAGGUAUAAUAUUUGGAAGGGAAGUUGAUAGUUGUAGAGGAUUGCAUUUAGAGUGGACAAAAGAUAUUAAUGGCUACUGGAUUAUCAAGGAUUGAGGUUAUAGGAAGACUUAAAGAUGAGAACGCAUAUGAUGAAUACAUAAAUUGUAUCAUAUUUUCAAAUAAAUAAUAAAACAGUACUCCAUUUUGCACCAAUACUUAUUUUGUAUCUUGGGAUAAGAGAUUAAUUCCUAAAAGAUAGAGAAUUAAUAAGACAAAAGUAUUACAGGAAUUUGAAUUUUGGAAAUUUGAUUAGGAAGAAUUAACUGAUUAUUUGUGUGACUUUUUGAAUAACUAGUUUUUAUAGGAUGUAGACUGUAAUCAUAUAGGAUUGCAGUAACAUCAUAAUUUAGAUUGCCAGGAUAUUUUUAAGAUGCUUGACUCAUUUAUGGUGGAUAAACCGUAAUCAUAUUAGGCUAAUAAAGUUAAUAUUGAUGAAAGAUUUAUCUAUCGAUUUUAUUGGAUUAAGGAAGAGAAUAAUUAUGAACAAUAUGUGAAACAAUGUUUGGGGGAAAUGCAUAUUAUAAAAGCACUGAAAUGUUUAAAUCACAUUGCAGAUACUUUUAAUGCUUGGAUAAAAUUGUAUGACAUUAAGGAUGAGUAUGAAAUGUAUUCUGGAUAUUAUGAGAGUAAAAUGAAUGAAGAAAAGUUGGAGAGUUUUUAGGAAUUUAUGAUGCUUAAUUUAGGAUAGUUAAAAUUGGAGUUGUAUAACAUUCUGUCUUAGAUAGAACAAGAAAGGUUGAUUUAAAUAUGGAUAAUACAUUUAUUAGUGAUCUAUCUUCCUAAUGAAAAGAGCUCAGAGAGUCAUUUGUUGGAGAGAAUUGUCAAAUGUGUAAGAAAUCAAAUUUAAAAAUUUGAUGAUUGUAAAUUACUUUGUAGUCGAUUAACAAACAGAAGUUAGUAAUGGUUUAAAGGUUGCAGUUGGUAUUUCUUUAGAAGAGAGAUUAUAAAUUUUGAAUAAAGCUCAAAAAAUGAAUGA